CUGCCUCCAAACCCCAAACAGGGCUUUCCCACUGGGAACGCACGCUCACCCGCGGGAAGAGCCUUGCAAGAGACCCUUUGGCCUCUGAUCUGAUCGUCCAAAGAGAAGAAAGGGAACCUCGGCAUCCGUGCCCCCCAGCCCAGCUCUGCAGAAAUGCCUCCUCAGCUCUCAGACGGCCUCAACUACUCAGCCAAAAUCGUCCGGGGCUCCCUGGACAGCUUGCCCCAGGCCGUGAGGGAGUUCGUGGAGAGUAGCGCCAAGCUGUGCCGGCCCGACCAAGUCCACAUCUGUGAUGGGUCCGAGGAGGAGAACCGGCAGCUGCUGAGCCACAUGGAGGAGGAGGGUGUGAUCAAGAGGCUGAAGAAGUAUGACAACUGCUGGUUGGCUCUCACUGACCCCAGGGAUGUGGCCAGAAUUGAAAGCAAGACAGUCAUCAUCACUCGAGAACAGAGAGAUACGGUGCCCAUCCCCAAAACCGGCCUCAGCCAGCUGGGCCGCUGGAUGUCCGAGGAGGAUUUUGAGAAAGCGUUCAACGUCCGAUUUCCGGGGUGCAUGAAAGGUCGCACCAUGUAUGUCAUCCCGUUCAGCAUGGGGCCCCUGGGCUCUCCUCUGUCCAAGAUCGGCAUCGAGCUGACAGACUCGCCCUACGUGGUGGCCAGCAUGCGCAUCAUGACGAGGAUGGGCGCCGCCGUCCUGGAAGCACUGGGGGACGGCGAGUUCGUCAAGUGCCUCCACUCCGUGGGGUGCCCUCUGCCUUUAAAAAAGCCUUUGGUUAACAACUGGGCCUGUAACCCCGAGCUCACACUCAUCGCCCACCUGCCCGACCGCCGAGAAAUCAUCUCCUUUGGGAGUGGGUACGGCGGGAACUCGCUCCUUGGGAAGAAGUGCUUUGCCCUCAGGAUGGCCAGCCGGCUGGCCAAGGAGGAGGGGUGGCUGGCAGAGCACAUGCUGAUUUUGGGCAUCACCAACCCCAAGGGCCAGAAGAAGUACUUUGUGGCUGCGUUUCCCAGUGCCUGCGGGAAGACCAACCUGGCCAUGAUGAACCCCACUCUCCCGGGAUGGAAAGUAGAGUGUGUGGGUGAUGAUAUCGCCUGGAUGAAAUUUGACCAACAAGGUAACUUGCGGGCCAUCAACCCAGAGAAUGGGUUUUUUGGCGUCGCUCCGGGAACCUCUGUGAGGACAAACCCCAAUGCCAUCAAGACCAUCCAGAAGAAUACCAUCUUCACCAACGUGGCCGAGACCAGUGACGGGGGCAUUUACUGGGAAGGCAUUGACCAGCCACUGGCCUCAGGCAUCAAGCUCAUUUCCUGGAAGGGCAAGGAAUGGGACCCCAAGGAUGGGGAGCCUUGUGCCCACCCCAACUCACGGUUCUGCACUCCGGCCAGCCAGUGCCCCAUCAUUGACCCUGACUGGGAGUCUCCAGAGGGCGUGCCCAUUGAGGGCAUCAUCUUCGGAGGGCGCCGGCCUGUUGGUGUCCCUCUGGUCUACGAGGCUCUCAGCUGGCAGCACGGUGUGUUUGUGGGGGCGGCCAUGAGAUCUGAGGCCACAGCAGCGGCAGAGUACAAGGGCAAAGUCAUCAUGCACGACCCCUUCGCCAUGCGCCCCUUCUUCGGCUACAACUUCGGCCAGUACCUGGCACACUGGCUCAGCAUGGCCCAGCGCCCCGCAGCCAAGCUGCCCAAGAUCUUCCAUGUCAACUGGUUCCGAAAGGAUAAGGCCGGCAGGUUCCUCUGGCCCGGCUUCGGCGAGAACUCCCGGGUGCUGGAGUGGAUGUUCAACCGCGUGGGCGGGGAAGGCGGCGCCAAGCUCACGCCCAUCGGCUACAUCCCCAGUGAGGAUGCCCUGGACCUCCGGGGCCUGGGGGAUGUCGACGUGAAGGAGCUCUUCCACAUCUCCAAGGAGUUCUGGGAGGAGGAGGUGGAAGAAAUACAGAAGUACCUGGAGGAGCAGGUGAACGUCGAUCUACCCCUGGAGAUCAAGAAUCAGGUCCUGGCCCUGAAGCAGAGAAUCAGCCAGAUGUAAUCAGGUUCGCUUGACUGUCCACCUCCAAUCCAUACAACGCACCAGGAGCAGGAGACACGGUGCUUCCCGAAUUCUCACUGCCUGCAGCACCGCAAUGACCGCACCCAGGGGCUGAUCGAAAGACACACCUUAAUUUUUCAGAUAAGACCUAUAGCAGACUGAAGCUAGUCACUAAAGAGGUUGGGGAGGGAAAUAGCAGUCUCCAGGAAAUAGCAAACAUUCAUGAUACAAUGCACCUUUGUUCAACUUAGGGACACUCAAGCAGACAGUCUUUGUCUUUUCCCUUUAGCUGCAUCAGUUAGCCAGAAUGCACAGAAAAAGACACUUGAGCUGUAUAUAUGUGUGUGUGCACACGCGUGUGUGUCUGUGUACUGUCGUCUAAAACGUAUUUAAUGACUUUGGAAAAAUCUUGGGCAAGGUUACCUAGUUGUUGCUAGAAUGCAAUGUUGCUUUCUUAUUAAUAUGUGUGUUUAAAUUAUUUUUAUAUACCAUGGUUCCUUACCUUUACAUAAUUUCAACGUUUUCCCCUAACACUUCUUGGGAAAAAAAAUCAUAAAAUAAACUUUUAUAGAAAAGAU